ACCUCCCCAACAGUUACUAUUCCAUUCCCCAAAAUGGCCGACUCUCUAGAUCUAACCAUCUGCUCAACCUGUGGAACGCAGUAUCCUACAACAUGCGAAUCGUCGUGUAAGAUCUGCGACGAUCCGAGGCAGUUCAUUCCUGCGACUGGACAAUCCUGGACAACACUCCGCGCUCUCCAAAGCUCCAAAACAUAUCAUAAUGAAUUCAUCCCUGAUUCAGUGCACAAGGAUUUAAUCUCCAUUCACACCGUCCCGAGAGUGGCCAUCGGUCAGCGCGCUCUACUAUGUCGCACGCCUACUGGGAAUCUCCUCUGGGAUUGCAUCACCUAUAUCGAUGACGAGACCGUUGCCAAGAUCAACGAGCUGGGCGGGUUGAAAGGUAUAGUUAUCUCGCAUCCGCAUUUCUACACGACGCACCUCCACUGGGCGGAGGUCUUUGACUGUCCUGUUUACUUGGCUCGGGAGGAUCGAGAGUGGGUGGUGCGCACGGGCGAGAGGCAGGUUCUUUGGGAUUCGUCACGGUUGCCGGUUUCGGGGAUGGAUGCGGAUUUGGUGGCUGUGAAGACCGGGGGGCAUUUUCCUGGGAGUUCGGUGCUUUGGUGGAGGUCCUUGAGGGUGUUGUUGGUUGCGGAUUCGAUCGGGGUGGUGCCGAGUGGGAUUUAUCAUGUUGGGAGGUUGCCGGGGACGGUGUCGUUUACUUUUAUGUGGUCGUAUCCCAAUAUGAUACCUCUACCGCCGGAUGAUGUGCAUCACAUCUGGAAGGCCGUCAAGGAUGUGGAUUUUGACGAUAUCCGUGGCGGCUUCAUGGGAACGGAUGUAACUGGCAAUUGUAGACAGCGUGUGCUAGAGAGUGCUAAGAUCUUUGUCAAGUCCAUGGGACAUUUCGACCAUGCAAUUCAUGAGGAACAAUGUCUUUAACACGAGCCCUAUGUAUAUGGAAAACAAGUACAGCCUGGUAGAAUGAACAGACGACCCGUCUCCAACGAUCCAGUCCAUGGGUUAACAAUAAAGACCGUUCAGCCAAAGCACCAACUCAGAUACACAAAGCAUCGCUAAGAAUAAUCCACUAUGACAGGUCCGAAAACGGCCGCACAGAAGUCGCACUCCGACCUCUUGUACAGAGGGGUGUCAUGGACAAAGUAUUACCAUACGACCCUUCACUGAUAGAAAAUCUUCCCGGAUAACUCUCCGUCGACCGAGAAGGUCUUGAUACCACCUCCAUUUUCAGGGUCCCAUGCGAGUCGUUCGCCAGGGCCGACCCAACAGACCACAGCCGACUGACAGGACUCAAG